GGCAUUGAUUAAAAAUUUGUAAUUAAUUUCAUAAAGUUGGGUUAGAAAUUGACUUCUUUCUGUUUUGAGACAAAUUCAUUCAAAUUAAAUUGAUCAUUUGUGGAGAUUGAUCAACAUUUCUAAAUUUUUCGAGACAACGACAAUAUUCUAAAAUCAUUUCAUUUCAUCGAAAUUUAUAACGCAAUUACGAUGGAACGUCAACGUAAUGGUAGUGAAUCAGAAACAGGAGAAAGUGAUACACCUGGUGAUGUGAUACCUCAAAAUUUCAAUUUACCAAGACCUAAUAGUCGCACGAGAACUUCCAGUGAGGAAGAGUUGACUUUGUUAAGUGAAAAUGCAGAUCCGAAUGUCCAAGAUCCACAUCAAAGACAUUCAUUAUUUUGGCCACCAAGUUCAACUCCAGAUAACCCAGCACGAAGAACACGAGGAUCAGCAAGUGCUACAUAUCAUUGGAACAAUAUUCCACCAUGCAGGGUACGACAAAAUCGUCCUUGGUCAUCGAGGGAACGAUAUUUCAGCACUCCUCACAUAAUGAACCAACAACUACCGUAUCUUUACUAUCGCCAAUAUCUCCGCCAAGAAAUACUACGAAGUUACAUGGCCCCAGUGAAUCAAUUACGGGAUCAAUUCUUAUUAAGACAUCAACCGAUGCCGUUGCCACUUCCUGCAUUCGCCUAUAAUUCAACUGGUAAUAGACCAAUUAUGCAGUUACGCCGUGCCUACGUAGCACCACAAAACAUUAGACAUGGAAAUUCUGGAAGUAGCAGUGGCAGUAACGGUAGCAAUUCUUCGCAGCCCUCAUCGCUUACGGGUUCUCAACCAAAUCCAAACGGUGUCCCAAUGGUGGAACGUUUUAAUUUCAUUGGUAUGGGGGAAACCGACAUACACAACAACACUGAUUUGCUGUUAAAACAAGAUGAAACCGAAGAUGAUAUGACUUGUGUCAUAUGUAUGUCAUUAACAACGAAACUGGAAUUAUUACGUAAACUACCAUGCCGUCAUAUUUUUCACAAGGAUUGUAUUGACAAGUGGUUAGGAUUUAAUGGAAUAUGUCCGACAUGUCGACGUGAUGUGCGAUUGCGCAGACAAUCAACACCACCUGCUUCACAUUAAUAAUCAAAAUAAUAAUGGGGGGCCUCACAUUAAACGAACUAAACAACAGCUCAUAUCGACUGAUCAAAAGCUCAAUAAUAAUUUUAUUUUUUUGAGUAAAUUACAAACUUUAAUGGAUAUUUUUUUAAAUUUAAUAUAUAUUAUAUACGUUCAAUUUUCUUAAGCCACAUUUUCGAUUUGAACUUUUCAAGGCCAAUUCUUCGAAUUUCGUUCAAAACUAUUUUAAAGCAUCGCUCUCGUGAUUCAAAACUUUGCUGGAACGAUUAAUCAACGCCAAUGAUAAUUUUUAUUACAUUAAAAUUGAUCAAAUUUAUAGUUAAUAAAAAAGUGACCUAUAUUCAGUUCGAUUACUCCUUUUACUUUGCUGAGUUCUUCCAAUUUUAUCGUGUGUCAAAUACUUGACACCCGAACUGGAUUAUUGUUUAUUCGAAUUUUUGUAAAUUAAGAUAACUCAAAAGCAAAGAAACAAUUUUUUCGCUAUUUGAAUUAAUGAACACAAAAGCUCAAUUUAAAUCAGAAUUCACAAUCCCAGUACCAAAUUGAGUGUCUUCGGACCAUGGGCAAAAAUAGAUUCCCUAACGUGAAUGUGGUUUUAGCAAAAUAUAAAAUUUCUAUUAUCUAAUAUAUUCCAUUUCGUCGGAGUGUUUUCUAAUUCGAGUACAACAAUAAUUUCAUUUUGGUUUUCGAAGAUUCGUCCUAGGGAAUUUGUGUAAUGUUUAUCCUAACAGUCAUUAGCUUAGCCGCCAGAGGAUUUAGAAAACAAAAUGGAGUUAGACUAAAUUCCAUAGAAAUGAAAUUUAGAUAGGAUUUUCAUUUUGGCGAAAAUUGUUUGUAACAAUUUCGAUCGAAUUUAUUCGAAAAAAUAUUUUCUACAGUUGUUAGUUUUUUAAGGAUAAACUUGAGCUGACUUUUAAACAAUGAAAGUUUAAAACAUCAAUUUUUAUCAGAGCCAUUUUUUCGCCAAAAAGAUCCAAAUAAAAAUUGGUAAUAUUAAUUGGCUGAAAAAAGUGUAGUUUUUAGGAGAUUUUCAAAAAUUGUUGUA